GGCCAUGGCGGCGGCGGGGCCUGCGUUGUGCGUCGUGACGGCGGCGGGCUCCGGCCGGCCCCGCUAUCUGUGCUACUGCGAGGGGCCGGAGGCGGGCGACGAGGGCGGCUUGGGCGUCUGCGUGACGGACGCGGCGGAGAUGUGGGCCACCAGCUUCUCCGCCCACAGCCUGGCCGGGCACAAAUCUCAGCAAGGACUGACGCCCACUGAGAACUACGCCACUCGAUUCAGAGAUGCCUGCGAGCAACAGACCGUCUCCCUGACCCUGCAAGAUGAUGGAAGCACGGUCUCCUUGCAGCUCCCAGGGGGUCCCUCGGGCCUGACCUUUGAACUGCCAAAGCUGCCCGAUUCGGAGGCCCGUCCGCGGCUGCAGGCCCUGAUGCUCGAGUUGGCGGAGAGGGUCCGGGGGCUAGAACGGCGCCUGGCAGAUGUGGAGGCUAUGGCUGCCAGUCCCAGGAAGAAGUCAUGUCUGAGUGGGCAAAAGCUGUUUAUGCCAGACUCGGAACGCCGCAGAGGCGGUUCCGGCCCCGGGACCAGGAAGAGGAUGCCAGGCGAAUCGCUCAUCAACCCCGGCUUCAAGAGCAAGAAGGCACCCAGCGGGGUGGACUUUGAUGACUCCUGAGGACCUAACCCCAGAGAUUCGAACCUCUUCCCGGGACACGACCUCCUGUCUUCAGGGUGACCCUUCACCCCCGCACCUUGGGAGGAUGGGGGUUGGGCGGGACCGCUCAGUGGGUGUGGCGGAGGGCAAACCGGAGGAUUCCCGGGGUCCUUCCCAACCCCUCCUCUCCUCGGCUCCGGCCUGUUCUCCGGGCUAGUUCUGCCGGGCACCACUCGGCCAGCCUCCCUCACAACCGUGCCCCUCUCCGCGGGUGUCACUGACUGAAUAAAACAGACCCAAACUGACUAA